AUGCACAAGUCCCUCAAAAGACAUUCCAUUAUUAUCAUCCCAGAGUCAAGAGGGUUGGAUUUUCCUUCAUUGAUGGAUGAUACAAAGAAUGCGCCAAAUGGGUCAUUCUUUCUGCUUCAUGCUUGUGCUCACAAUCCUACUGGAGUGGAUCCUUCAGAGGAACAAUGGAGAGAGAUCUCAUAUCAGUUCAAGGUCAAAGGGCAUUUUGCCUUCUUUGACAUGGCAUAUCAAGGUUUUGCGAGUGGUGAUCCGGAGAGGGAUGCGAAGUCUAUCAGGAUUUUUCUUGAGGAUGGUCAUCUAAUUGGAUGUGCCCAAUCCUAUGCAAAAAAAUAUGGGACUCUAUGGCCAGAGAGUCGGCUGCCUCAGGUGACGGUUGUGGUGUGCGAAGAUGAUAAACAAGCUGUAUCUGUGAAAAGUCAGCUGCAGCAGCUUGCUCGACCCAUGUACAGUAAUCCACCUCUUCAUGGUGCACACAUUGUAUCAACUAUCCUUGGUGAUCCGGAUUUGAAGAAACUAUGGCUCAGGGAAGUUAAGGUAGUAUUGGAUCAAUUAUUUUCAUUCCUGGAUUUUGUUCUCCUUGUUAAAGAGGAUUGUGCGGUGCAAUAG